CCUCCUUCACGGAAAUGAGCUGAAAGCUGCGACACCGACAGACGCAGGAAGAACCGGAGCCGAUCAGCGACCGACAGAUGAUCAAUAAGCUCCGGGAGGAACGCGGGGACCGAUCAGCGGCAGCAGCUCAAAGGCAUGAGGUCCUAGAGAACAGCGGACCUGAAGGAAGACAGGCAGCGACAUGGCCCACGUAGGCAACGGAGCGACGGAGGAGGAGGAGGACUGUUUCGAAGACGCCUUCGACCGGAUACCAGCCUCCUGCAGCAUGGACCUCCAGACCUCCAUCCAGGAGACCCAGUGUGCUCUGAACCUGGUUCUCAACAACAAGUUCUCUGAAGCUCUGGACCUCCUCAAACCCUGGUGGAGGGACAGCAUGUACCACGCUCUGGGCUACAGCAGCAUCCUGGUGAUGCAGGCCACCAUGACCUUCGAGCACCACGACAUCCAGGUCGCCAUGGCAACCAUCAAGGAGGCUCUCAACACCUGUCAGAGGUUCAGGAAGAGGAACUCGAUGGUCGGAUCUCUGUCCAGUCUCAUCAGCAAACAGUCCAACCUGCAGGAAGAGGAGAUGCAUGCAGAGAUCUGCUACGCCGAGUGUCUGCUGCAGAAAGCCACGCUCACCUUCAUACAGGAUGAGAACAUGAUCAGUUUCAUCAAAGGAGGCAUCAAGAUACGAACCAGCUACCAGAUCUACAAGGACUGUCAGAAUGUGCUGAACGUCACCCAGGACCUGGCCGGCCAGCCUGAUUUGUUCAAGCAGUUUGAGGGUGGAGUCAAGUUGGGGAUCGGCUCCUUCAACUUGAUGUUGUCUCUGCUCCCUCAGAGGAUUUUGAGGCUCUUGGAGUUCAUCGGAUUCUCAGGAAACAGGGGCUUCGGUUUAUCUCAGCUCAGAGACGGAGCUUCCAGCCACAGUUUGAGGUCUAUCCUUUGUGCUCUGACGCUGCUCUUCUACCACACCUAUGUUUCUCUGAUCCUCGGAACCGGAGAAGGAAACCUGGUGGAGGCCGAAGCUCUGCUGGAACCGUACAAACACAAAUACCCCAAAGGCUCCAUAAUCCUGUUCUACUCGGCUCGAAUCGCUGCUCUGAGAGGAAACUUUGAGAAGGCCCGGGCUCGCUAUGAGGAGUGCAUCAGCAGCCAGCAGGAGUGGAAGCAGAUCCACCAUCUGUGUUACUGGGAGCUGAUGUGGACUCAUUCGUACCAGCAGGACUGGAAGCAAGCAUUCCACUAUGCCGACAUGCUGUGUAGAGAGAGCCGCUGGUCCAAGGCCAUCUACGUUUACCAGAAGGCGGCCAUCUUGAGCAUGAUGUCAGAGGACGAGGCGAAGAAGACGGGAGAAGACGUCGUGGAGCUUUUCAGGCAGGUUGAAGGUCUGAAACAGCGUCUGGCGGGAAAAUCCAUCCCAAUGGAGAAGUUCGCUGUGAGGAAGUCGAGACGCUACAAAGCUGCUAACCCCGUCCUUCUGGUCAUCCCUGCUCUGGAGAUGAUGUACGUCUGGAACCUCUUCACCAUCGUCGGGAAACGAGCCGACUGCACCGAGGCGCUGCUGGUUACCAUAGAAACGGCCGAGGAGCAGCUUCGCAAUGACCCCAACCCGUCAGAGUUCCAUCCAGAUGACAGCUGUCUGGUCCAGAUGUUGAAGGGUCUCUGUCUGAAACAUCUGGGAAGGUUACUGCAGGCCGAGCUCUGCUUCACACAGGUCCUGUCCAGUGAGAGUCGUAUCCGGUACGAUCACUACCUGAUUCCCUUCACUCUCUAUGAACUGGGGCUGCUCUAUAAACAACAGGGAGAUUUCUCCAAGGCCACCGCCUUCAUCCAAAACGCCAAGACCAACUACAAGGACUACUCCAUGGAGUCUCGGCUGCACUUCAGGAUCCACGCGGCACUCAGCAGCCUCAAAGGUUCUCCUGUCAGGACGCCAUAACCCGGAGACCAUGAAGGAACUCAGGUGUGUCGCGGUUUCCAGAUUGCCCGUCCGCCUGCUUUUCUCUCCGACCUUUUGUUCUGUUUUUUUUUUAAACUUUAUUUAUUUUCCUCAGCCGAGUCAGUGAGAUUCCAGAUUAACUUGCACUCCUCAGACAGGCCUCCCAUCGACAUCUGCUGACAGAACCGAGGUUUCACCGACGGAUGCAGAGCCUCGGUUCAACCAGCACCAGAUUUUUAACUCAAGACGAAAAACACAGGAGGAGUUUUAUUGUGAAGGGCUCGUUCACUCGGACGCAAAUACAAUCACUUUCUACACAUUUUUGACACAAAACUGCAUAAAUAAUCCAACAGUUUCUGCAGAUCACAUUACUGACGAACCUUCUGGGAACAAAUUAGUCUUUUCUGUGUGAACGGGCCCUAAAAUCAAACCUUUAUUGUGAAAAGCUAACAAAUCAUGGCCUUACACUGAAGCGUCAUUUCAGCGGUUUGUGUAGAAUCGUAAAUACUGACAGAUUUCAGGGUGCAGGAUGAAGCAGCAGGGAAACACGAUAUCUAGAAGUUAAAAUCUACGCUUUAAACUUUCCUUAUUUUGCCUUUUCUUGAUUUCUAGAUGAAGCAUCGCAGCCUUCUCUCUCACCGACCGUGGCUUAAACAAACACAACACACUCAUUCCAGGCUGCUGCCAUAUGCACAGAUUCAAAUGGCUGGAGAUGCACAUUAAGCAGCAAUAUGAAAGGAUUCGUGCUGUCGGUUCUCGGUCAUCGUGUCGGUCUGUGAGUUUCCAUGUUUAGCAUCCUGCGGGUUUAUCUUUGGCGUUUCUCAGAUGCACGGCAGCUCUGGAGGCUGAAACCACCUUUUUAAACGUCGCUGCUUUAGAAUUUAAAGGUUGUCUUUCAGAUGCCAGACAAACUUGUGGCUAAUUUGCAGUAAAGACUUCUGUUCCGGCCGCUAACGCUCCUAGCUAACAUGCUGGUUUACGACAGUUUGCAAACAUUCAAGGUUUCCGGCAAAUAUCUUAGGCAACGGUGACCGCAACCUGUCCACUCCAGCAACCCUCAGAAGGCUAAACUGGGUGCAGCUAACACAUGAGCGGAUCGUUUUUGAAUUCCUAGACGCUGAUCCUGAUGGAAAAACUCCACAAAAUACACAUAAAGUAUAAAGUGGCAGCAAACAUUUUAGCAAAACAGAAUUAAAACUCAACAGUUAGACCAAAGUUUUCCACAAAAUUAACCACAAGUUUCACACAAACCUCAUUUGUGUACAAAAAUAUGACCUGUGCUGAAAAUUUGCAUCAAAGUUUAGCUCCAAAUAUUUGCCAGAAAUCUGGAAAAACUACAAAUAAUCAUUUUAUUGACAGAAAUGCUAUUUAUGGCAACCUUAAACUGACAUGUUCAACACUAAACCAGGCCAGUGAACACAUUUAAAGCAGCAUUCCUGUUUAACGGCUCGUCACUAGUUCACAGGAGUUCAGUUCACAGGAGACUUGCUAACCUAAUUUAGCCAACAGUUUGCUAAUGUCCCAAUCAAGUGUUCUCGGUCCAAUCUGAGUCCUUUAGUAUUUAAUAUCUGCUAAACUGAUACCACUUUUCUAGAUAGUACACGGUUAAAGUAUCUGAGAUUACCUGUAGUAUCUGGUUCUUCCACCAGGUGGAGCCUCUUCCUGUUUAAUCCUGUAGAGACCAGAGGAGACUACAGUUCAUGUUAAAGCAGAGUGCAUUGUGGGAGUUUUGCUAGCGACGGGCACCAUGACAAAGACUUGUGUGGGAGUUUAGCUAGCAACGAGCACCAUGACAAAGAUGUAUGUGGGAGUUUAGCUAGCAAUGAGCACCAUGACAAAGACUUAUGUGGGAGUUUAGCUAGCAAUGAGCACCAUGACAAAGACUUAUGUGGGAGUUUAGCUAGCAACGAGCACCAUGACAAAGAUGUAUGUGGGAGUUUAGCUAGCAACAAGCACUAUGACAAAGAUGUAUGUGGGAGUUUAGCUAGCAAUGGGCAUCAUGACAAAGACUUUGUGGGAGUUUAGCUAGCAACGGGCACUAUGACAAAGACUUAUGUGGGAGUUUAGCUAGCAACGGGCAUCAUGACAAAGACUUUGUGGGAGUUUAGCUAGCAAUGAGCACCAUGACAAAGACUUAUGUGGGAGUUUAGCUAACAACGAGCACCAUGACAAAGAUGUAUGUGGGAGUUUAGCUAGCAACAAGCACUAUGACAAAGAUGUAUGUGGGAGUUUAGCUAGCAACGGGCAUCAUGACAAAGACUUUGUGGGAGUUUAGCUAGCAACGGGCACUAUGACAAAGACUUAUGUGGGAGUUUAGCUAGCAACGGGCACUAUGACAAAGACUUAUGUGGGAGUUUAGCUAGCAACGGGCACUAUGACAAAGACUUAUGUGGGAGUUUAGCUAGUAAAGGGGCACCAUGACAAAGACUUAUGUGGGAGUUUAUCUAGUAAAGGGGCACCAUGACAAAGACUUAUGUGGGAGCUAACACGGAGCUUUAAAUGAACAGUGGCGUUAUAGUGACACAGGUGGUUCUUAUCUGUUUGUGUUCCACGCCUACUUUGAAGGAAUUUGGUUUUAUCAGCUCAGGGAGGUGAUUUCAUCGAACUUGAAGCAGCUCUGCCUCUGAGAAACUCCUAAACAUGUCCUCAACUGAAGGCUUCACGUCCGUCCUGGCAUUACUGUUGUGUAGCUUCAGCUGCUUGAUUCUUUUUUUCUGUUGUGUUUUAUUCUAUUAUGUAGUUCAACAAUGAAGGGCAGUUUUAAUGUCUAUAAAUGUCCUGAUAAAUAAGAAGCACAACCUCACAAGAUCAUGUAUCAUGACCCUUUUUCUUUUCAGUAGUUUGAUAUUAUUUACUAUGAUAUAUAAUAUAUAUAUAAAUAUAAAUGUUAACAUAAUGAAAAGAUGGAGUGGUUUUAUAUUAAGUGGCUUUAACGGAAACGCUCCAAGGAAAAGGCUGGAAAACUUACCACCAAAAUGUGGUUUUACUCCAUAUUUAACUCAUGAAACAGUGAACCAAUGAAUUAAGUCAUUUAGUUCUACAUUUUGAGUCAAUUUAACAACAUAUUUGCUUCCAUUUUAAACACCAGGAUGAAGGACACACUUGAAUAAAGUCACAACAGUUUGUCUUCUCCCUGUUAAUGAAUGUAUCGACAGAAAGAAACGACCAAAUUCUACAUGUGUGUUUGUCUUUGCUGGGUGUUUUUGUUUUGUUGUGUAUUCUGUGCCUGUAGAUGUUUGGAUGUAAGUUUUCUUCAUGUCUCCGUGUGGUUUGAAACUUUACUUCCAAACAACUUAACUCGUCAAGUGCAUCACUUUAUUGGUAAAAAAUGUACGAAAGCAACCAGAGUCGUCUGUAUUUAUGAGUUGUGUUGAUAAUAAUAUUAAUAAUAAUAAAUAAUAAUAAUAAUAAAUGACCUUAAAAGAGGUUCUACAGGGCAAUUCUUUCACUCAAAACACUUGGUACGCAGUGGAAAACAGUUAAUGGACAUUAAUAUCCACGUCUAGAAGCCUUUGAGGCUAACAGUUUAGCAAGCUAACGCACACGUAGCAUAACAUAACACAAGACAUUAUGAAAUGGGGAGUCCAUUAGGAAGGAUAGUUUUUCUUAGACGUUAUACAAUUAAGGAAAAAAAUGGUUCCCGCUGUUUCUUAAAAAACUGACUUUUCUUGGUAAACAUACAAUAUUUGACCAACUGCUAAUGCUGGGAGACUGCUAGCAAAGGUUUUAGCUAGCUAACGUUUGUGUCAAAGUUCUGGAACAAAGAAAGUUAAAAGGUAACAUGCUAGUAUAUUGAUGUCAUAAAAUUGUGCUAAAAAGUUAGCAUCAGAGCUCCACACAGGGUGCUAAUGCUUUUAUGUUGACAUGAUAGUGGAGGCUUUAGCUAGCUAAAAGCAAAAUUUUAGCUAGCUAAUGUUUGUAUGAAAAUUCUGGAACAAACGCACAAAAGACUUUCUUUACCAGUGCUACAAAAUUGUUUGACCAAUGCUAUAUACUAUUUUGGACACGCUAAAAGCUCUUGUUACAACAUUAGCAUGGUAGCUGUUAUCACAUAACAAGGCAGCACAAUAAUAUAUUGAUAUUCUCUCCCCAAAAUUGACCUAAAAAGUUAGCAUUAUAGGAAAAAGUAGAGGCUUUCGAAAGCUAACAUUUUAGCUAGCUAACGUUUGUUUCAAAGUUCUGGAACAAAUGCACAAAAGAAUUAAUUUACCAGCGCCACAAAAUUGUUUGACCAAUGCUAUAUACUAUUUUGGACUUGCUAAAAGCUCUUUCUACAGUGUUAGCAUGUUGCUCGAAGAGGUUUUCACCAGCUAUCGUUGUUAAACAGAGAUCUGGAAAGAAGCAGUAAUUGUUAAAAUCAUUAUUUAACUAUUAAAUAACCCUCUAUGCAUUAAAAAAGUUAGCUUAACAAUGCUAUAUGCUAUUUUAGCAAUACACUCCUAGCUCUUGCUACAGUGUUAACAUGUUAGCUAUCACAUAACAAAGUAGCAUGCUACUAUAUUUAACUGCCAUAGAUUGUGCUACGUUAGCAUUUUAGCGCUAUCAUCAAGCAUUGAUGCAUAACAUAUUAGCAUGCUAGGGGCUCCAGUUUGUAUCUUUUGUUAUUCGACAUUCAAGGCAAAUUUUUAAAGCAGUUUUUAAAGAAUUUCCUGAAUCAUUGCACUUUUAUAUGUCGGCGUUAAAAUAUCUGUCAAGUUGGAAAUCGGAAACGACUUUUUUCUUUUUUACUGCACAAAACUGCACACAAAGGCAUAAAAUGAACACUAAUACAGGUAAAUGUUACUGAUAAUGAAGCGUUCCCAUUGCUAUGAUGCUAAUUAAAACUGAAACACGUUUCCUUCAUUUCUGUCUUUAUUCAUAAACCGUCACAACUUCCUCCACAGAAGACUUUGGUUUGUUUGUUUCAUCUGUUGCUUCUGUCGGUGCCUCUGUGUGUUAAAACUGUAAAAUAUGUUCCCGCAUCGCAUGUUUCUCUGCAUAUGUCAAAGCUUUUUCUUUUCUUUAAUGAGAUUUUUGCUAUUCGGUGCGUGGAAGAUUUAUUGUUGAACCCAAACGAUCGGCUUUACAGUUAGCGGUGGACAUCCACAUGGUGCAAUAAAAUGAAAACAGAAGAAGAUUCUUCAUUCUCAGUGAUUUUUCUUUUCUUGUUUGAUAACUGUCGUCACAUUUAUGUGCCUCUUUUAGUUCCACGUCUCGAUUUUCUUUCAGAUUAUAAAUCUUUUAGAUUUAUAAUGAGCACAAAAGACAAAAGAGGUUGUGUUUAGAUACAGUGUGAGUGUAAUUUAUUGAUUUUUAACCAAUAAUCGAGGCUUUGCACUCUGCUGUAAUAGUAAUAAUAGAAGAGGUGCUUCGUCUUUUAGCCCAGAAAAUGCUUUUUUCUCCCGAUCACAGUCCUCGCCAAGGAAAAAACAACUACAAGGACUGUUUUUGUGUUUAACUUGACAGAAAACCAAACCAUAAACCGUGUUGUGUGAAAUGUUUAGUGUUUCCGAGCAUCUUUUCUUUUUGAAGUCAUCAAUUCAGUUUCUGUAAAUAUAAUCUGGAAACAGAAAUCACACCAGAUGAAUAUUAGCAUUUAUUCAUCUCCAGACAUCAGAGGACUUUGUAACUUCUAUAAAAAGUGAAAAAAAUAGCAAAAACAUAAGAAAAGAUUCAGAGAAGGAAGCACUGGAUAGAAAAAAAAGAGCUAAUUGAAAUAUUAGCGUUUCAAAAUCUUUUCUUUAAGUUGCCUAGAAAAUCUGUUAAAUAUAAUGUUACGUAGAAAUAAUAAAAUCCAAACCAAAUUGUUAGAUAAACCAUAUUUUUAAUGCAUCAAAAUACAAACUUUAGCUAACCCCAACUUUGUUUUGGCUAUCAAACAAUGUUAGCUAACCCCAGAUUUGUUUUUAGCUAUUUAGCAAAAAUCUUGGCUAACCACAGAAUUAUUUUAGCUAUUAAACAGAAAUGUUAGCUGACCCCAAAUAUGUCUGACCCAACAAGCUCAGCAGUGAAACAGAAACUUUAGCUAGGCUUUUAAGAAAUUUACAAAGUUAAGUGAAACUAAUUUUCUAAAUGUUGAAGAUUCCAAACCGAUAUGUUUAAUAUAUAAAUGUAUUAGCAAACUUAAACAAGAGCGUUUUAUGACAUCAAAGUAAACCGUUAGCCAUCUAAGCUAAAUUUCUAGCUAACCUGAACAAAAGCGUAGCUGAACUAAAUGUUUGCGGGACAUUUUUGAUGAACACGAUAAAAAUAAGAUGUCUAAUUAAUGCUUUUUCACGAUGAAGGCUUCCUGUGUGUCUAUUCUGUGUUAUUGAAGCUGCAAUAUAUGUGUGUUGAAUUACUGAGCAAAAUGUGUGCAAUACAUUUCAAAAGCCAUAAUUCUUUUGCUAGUUGCCUUUACACCCUCCAACAAAGCUUAUUCCUUCCCUGUAAAUGUGUAGAUCUUAACCAGAAACGUACCAGAUGUCCUCUGGAUGUGGAAUAGUCUCAGCUUGUUGCGUAAUUCUGCAGUUUAAACCGGAGAUUUAACACAAAUUAUUGACAUUUUGUCACCACAUUUGUUUGCUAACGGUAAAAUCAUGUCUCCAAGCAGUAAACUAUUGGAGAGAGUUUUUAAAAAUGUGAUUUAUGGAUGCUUCUGGUGCGUUUGUGGCAUUAAAAGUCCUCCCUAGCUUCGAAUCUGAUAAAUUAUGUUAGCAUAAUGACUGGAUCGGCCACCAAGAGACGAAUGACUCCAUCGAUCAGGAACGUUGGAAUAAAAGUCUGUUAGAACGCUUCAUGUCCUCAAGCUUCUGAUUUGAAUAAAAACAGCAGAAACAGGUUUACUUGUGUGAAAAGUUGCGUUUGGUUUGGAUUUAUUGUUGAUAUUCUGAUCUGUCAGCAUGAAGUCUCUGUUCAAACCUGAGAACUCAAUAAAUCUGAGCAGAAACUAGUUAA